AUGGUAUUACCAACAAGAAUGUCACAUAAAGUAAAUAGAAUCUCUUAUCACUAUCAUAAUGUUUUUGUAAUAUGUAUAUUAAUGUUUACUUUGUUCAUUAUUUUAAUUGCUGCAUACCAUAUUUUAAAAUUUGGGAGUACACAAAAACGUUCUGUAUAUAAUGCUAUUAUUCUUAAUGAUUUACAUUCAUUACCUAUACAAAUAAUAGAUGCAGAUUUUCCAAUGGCCGAUACUACAAAUGUUUCUUGUACAUACUUUAGUUGUUUUAAUGUUUAUCGUUGUGGCAGUCAAGGUAAUAAGCUUUUAGUAUAUGUUUAUCCACCAAAAAUUUAUGUAGAUUCAUUAGAAAGGCCCAUAGCAAGCCAAAUAACAAAAGAGUUUUAUCAAAUUUUAACUACUAUUAUUUCAAGUAAAUUUUAUACACCUAAUCCAUAUGAAGCAUGCAUUUUUAUUCCUUCAAUUGAUACAUUAAAUCAAAAUAGAAUAAAAUUGCAAGAAGUUUCACAAGCGUUAAAAGCAUUACCAUUCUGGAAUAAUGGAGAAAAUCAUCUUAUAUUUAACAUGAUACCUGGAACUGUGCCUGACUACAAUACUGUCAUUGAUGUACCUGUUGGAAAAGCAAUGAUUGCAGGUGCAGGAAUGUCAUCAUUAACAUAUAGAUUUGGUUUUGACAUCAGUUUACCAGUGUAUAGUCCCCUUGUAAACAGUCUUAAGUCACAUUUUAAUAAUACAAGACCAUGGUUAGUUAUUUCCUCUCAAAUGAAUAUUAAUUCUGCUUUUGAACAAGAUUUAUUAGAAGUUAAAUCUAUGUCGUCAAAGGAUAUUUUAAUAUUAGGUACAUGUCUACAUUAUACUUCUAUGAAUAGUACAAUUCGAUGUGCAGGGGAAGAUGUAUAUAAAUAUCCUAAUGUGCUUGAAACAGCAACAUUUUGUUUAGUAAUUCGAGGUGCAAGACUUGGUCAGAGUACACUUCUAGAAUGUAUGGCAGCAGGUUGUAUACCUGUAAUAAUAACUGAUUCUCUCACAAUGCCAUUUUAUGAUAUAAUUGAUUGGUCUAGGGCUGCUAUAUUUGUACGUGAAGUAAAUAUCUUAUCAGUAGUAUCAGUCUUAAAAAAAGUAUCGCAGCAACGAAUUACAGAGCUCCAAGAACAGGGUGCAUGGCUUUAUGAAAAAUAUUUUAAAUCUAUGGAAAAAAUAACAGAAACCACUUUAGAAAUACUUGCAGAUCGUGUAUUCCCACACUUAGCUAGAGAUUAUACAUUUUGGAACAUACCACCGCACAAGGAAAGUAUAGAUAAUAAUUCACAGGGUAUUACAUCUCCGCUUUUUUUACCUGUUACUGUGCCAAAAACUCGAGGAUUUACUGCAGUAAUUUUAACAUAUGAUAGAUUGGAAUUGCUGUUUCUUUUGAUUAAUAAACUUGUGAAGGUACCAAGUUUAUCUAAAGUUCUAGUUAUAUGGAACAAUCAACAUAAAGAUCCUCCACACUCAUCUAGAUGGCCAAAAUUAAACAAGCCAUUAAAAGUUAUACAAACAAAAGAAAAUAAAUUAUCAAACAGAUUUUACCCUUAUGAUGAAAUUGAAACAGAAGCAGUCCUAUCAAUAGAUGAUGAUAUUAUUAUGCUAACUGCUGAUGAAGUAGAAUUUGCUUAUGAGGUAUGGAGAGAAUUUCCAGAUCGAAUAGUUGGUUUUCCAUCUAGAAUUCACAUGUGGGACAAUGGAACAAGUUGUUGGAAAUAUGAAAGUGAAUGGACUAAUAGUAUUUCUAUGGUUUUAACUGGAGCUGCAUUUCAUCACAAAGUAAUAACGACACCAAAAAAGAAAUUUCGUUGUCCAGAAUGUACAAAUACUGAAAUGCUUUCAGCAGACUUAACGCAUAUGGUAGAACGUACACAAUGUAUAAAUAGAUUUUCUUCAAUUUAUGGCUCAAUGCCAUUACAAUCAGUUGAAUUUCGCGCAGAUCCAGUUUUAUUCAAAGAUAUAUUUCCUGAAAAACUUAAGAGAUUUAAUGAU